AUGGGUACCAGGCAGGGGCUUGAGAAAGAGUCUCCUCAGGUGGACGUGGGGGCAGGAACGUCACCGUGUGUUCAGGGCCAGGAGGGAGCCUGGUUGGACGCAGCGGCUGCAGUUGGAGGAACGGGCUGGAGGGAAGCGGGCUGGAGCCCGUCUCCCGUCUGCAGCCCGGUGCGCGGGGGGUCGGGGCUCGCGUGGCCUCGCAGGGGGAGCGCGGGGCGCCCCUGUUUUUGGAGGGUGGGCCGAGGGUGGUCGUGGGGGAGGAAGCCAAGUAAAGGGGGAGGCGCCCAGGGCGGAUGCACGUCGGGGGAGCGGUACUUGAGCUCGGGUGCCCUGGGCCGCCUCCUCUUCCGCCUGGCACCCGCCGUCCCGGGCCGCCCCACGCGCGUCCGCGGAGCCUCCCUCCUCGCCGCCGUCCCGAGUCGCCCCGCGCGAGGCUUUUCCAGGUGCCCCGCCUGGACCGAGCCGGAGUUCCGGGGUGCCCCACCCCCAGCUUCUCCUCCGCGGCAGGGAGAAGCGACCGCGAGGCCUCAGAGGCGCUGGGAAGGUGGAACCCACGGGACCUGCGGUGCCGCGCGUAGGGCUGAGCGGACACGAGGCUUCGCGGGGAGCCCUGGAAGGCCCUCCUGGUGGGAUCCCAUCGCAUCUCCUGCCUCCACUGUCAUCUGCUGCACGUGGUAUCUCCAGGGGGACCUCUCUGCUGGGCUCCAGGCUGCAUGGCUGUGGUUAAAACGUGGAGAGCGGAAUCUUCUGGGCCCACGUAACACACCUUUGCUCGGACAUUCCCUUCGCUACUCACUGGCGAGCUCAGUUGGAAAUUCACUCCCAGUAGGAGUUCCGCAGCAGACACGUGGCUUCAGCAGUUCCAGUCUAAAUUUCGAGCAUAACUGAAUUUUGAAGAUAUCUCUGGAAUUCUUUGGGAAGAAAUGGAUAACUACAUAAAACUAUAUCUGAGUAUAUUGAACAAUCUCAAGAAAAGUAUUAUUGGGCACCGACAAUUAUGUGAAUUCUCUUUCUGUUUUGUUGAAUUUCAUUAGAAGCUCAAAUUCUAAAAGUGAAGCAUCUAUCUUGCACUUUGGCCGAGUGCCUGGAUCUGUUUGAAAUUGGAUCUUAUAAAUAUUCCAUCAAGUCCUAUGUCAUGGGUUUGCUUUUUCCUGGCAGUUAGCCUGUGUGGAUGGCAUCUUAAACAUUUGUGACAUUUUUGCAAAACUUGACAAAAACAUUUCAAGCAUUAAUAGUUUUGUUAAUAAAUUACUCAGCACCCAGACACUACAUUAGUUAAGAAAAUUCUUGACACCAAUCCUUCUGCCAUGUUACGUUUGACAUUGGGUAGGUGACUGCUAGCCUGCAAUGUAUCAACUUAAAGCUGCACCUCAAAUGGGAGCACUUAGAAAAUGCCCAGUGCAAGGUGACUUGGCACUUUCCUAACGAGGAGGGACGACUAGUGA